AGUUUUAACCUUGGCAGUGCAACAAAUGCACUAACUGCAGAGGAGCAAUUGCAACAGUCCUGUGUUUACCAACAAACAGUAUAGACGCAUCAUGGUUUUGUCUAUGAGUAGAUGGGCAGGCAAAGUGGCCGUCGUCACUGGAGCUAGUUCUGGCAUCGGGGCGGCUAUUGUGGACCAAUUGGUCGAAAAUGGACUUUGCGUUGUUGGUAUAGCGCGUCGUUCCGAAAUCGUCGAACAACGCGCUAAGCAACUCGCCGGAAAAAAGGGAAAGCUUCACGCCUUGAAAGCCGACGUCAGUAAGGAGGAAGAUAUUGUGAAAGCUUUCAAAUGGAUCGAGAAAAAUUGCGGGCCUGUGCACAUUUUGGUCAACAAUGCCGGUACUGCCAGUAUGGGUACUUUACUGGAAACUGCGCCCGAAGAUUGGAAAAAAACCCUCGACUUGAACAUCCUUUCCCUAUGCGUUGCCACAAAGGAAGCAGUGAAGAUGAUGAAAGCCAACAAAAUCAACGGACAUAUUAUCCACAUUAACAGUACCUUCGGACACCAGAUUACCACCUACAACUGGAACGUUUAUCCGGCGUCGAAAUUCGCAGUCACUGCUCUUACUGAAACCCUUCGACAAGAGCUGGCGGCUUCUGGUUGCAAAAUUAGAGUGACAAGCGUUAGUCCGGGUUUGGUUGCCACUGGUCUGACUACGAUGAAUAAGGAUGCUCCGGCCGAAGUUAAAGCCGCGCUUGCAAAGAUGCCGAUUUUGCAAGCUCAGGAUAUAGCAGAUGGGGUCGUGUAUGCGUUGUCUACUCCAGAGCAUGUCCAGGUUCAUGAGCUCACAAUUAAUCCCAUUUAAAAAUAUUUGUGGGACAUUGUUUCCCGAAAAGUAUUCUUAUAUAUUUUAAUAAUAUUGUUACUGAUGUGAUUUGGGAGUGGUUUUUCAAUAAAGAUAUUUUUCUGAUG